CCUCUCACGCUGGCAGGUGCGAUGCAGGUGAGAUAAAGUAACGGUGGGAGGAAUUAGUAGCAGCGUUUCCUUCCUCGGCGGUCGCGGCUGGUAGUGCGGAGGGCGGAGACGGACGUGGAGAGAUGAUACUGGCUGUGCUUUUCGCCAACACCGACGGCAACAUCCUGAUCGAGCGCUUUCAUGGAGUGCCCGCAGAGGAGCGACUGCACUGGCGGUCUUUCCUAGUGAAAUUAGGUGCUGAUAAUCUUAAAGGAGCUAAAAAUGAGGAGCUUUUUGUUGCUUCACACAAGUCUGUGUAUAUUGUCUACACCGUGCUUGGAAAUGUCUGCAUUUAUGUCGUGGGCAAGGAUGAGUAUGAUGAGCUUGCUUUGGCAGAAGUGAUCUUUGUAAUCACAUCAACAAUGAAGGACGUUUGCGGAAAACUCCCAACUGAGCGCCUGUUCCUCGACAAAUAUGGAAAGAUAUGCCUGUGUCUUGAUGAAAUUGUCUGGACGGGCAUGCUGGAGAACUCGGACAAGGAUAGGGUCCGAAAGGUGAUAAGGCUAAAGCCUCCAACUGAGGCAUGACGUGGAGAUUGUUUUGGGUCUGUAUCUGUUAUUGGUCACCCGUUAUUGUUCUCUAUCCAUUUCUCCCAUGCUGGCUUGAUGUUCCACUGUUCCUACGUCGGCCGUUUCUUAGGUUCAACUUAUUGUUCUCAUAUGUAACAGUUGUGAAUGGGUUUUACGAAAUGUUUGCUCUACUGUGUCAACAUUACCUUACUGAUAUCCAACAGUCGACAAGGAGAAUUGUUAUGGUGAAAUUUCAGAGAUUUCUUGAUUACUUUCUUUUAUGG